CAUUUGGAGUGAGGCAGGAAUACACUGUAGGAUGAUGUCAGUCCAUCACAGGUCACCGUUCACACACGUUCACGCCUAGGGCCAAUUUAGAGUGACCAGUCGACCUAACGGCAUGUUUUAGGAGGUGAGGGGAAACCCAUGCAGAGAGCUCAGGACUGAACCUAGGAGCUGAGGUGCCAGCACUACCCCCAGCACCACCAUGCUGCCUUCCGGGAAGAAAGGAUCUAAAACGGUUCUAGGGAAUAAUGAAUGAAUAAAGUAUCAGAAGGGUCUGUCUGGGUCAUGCAAGACUACAAACAAUGCCUAUUACAAGGAACACCUAUUAGCAAAUCACACUACACUACACAACAUUCCCACGCCCAGUCGACCAUAGCUGUGUGAAUUUCAUCACCCUAACCGUAUUUUUUUUUGUGGUUGUAACUUGUAAUUUGUAAUCCUGCAGGAUGCGGACGGAUACACUGGGACAGUCCAGGAGAAUGAUUUGUUUCUAGGGCAGGGGGCCCAGAAGUCCUACUGAUACCCCUGAUUACUCAGAACACUUGAAAUCGUCUCUAAUUUGCCCAAGUAAUCCCUAAUACAUUUUACCCUAAUAUAUUCCCUGUAAUAAACCUUACUGUCAAGCAAAUCUCGCUUUUAGUGCAAAUUUGAAUAAGUCCUUUUUUGGUACCAAAUGUUGGACUCCGACCGUCUGAGGAGGAGGAGCUAAAAGUCUAGCCAAGAAGGGAGGCUAAAGUUCAUUUGUUGAUUCCUCCUAAUACUUCUGGAGUAGUUCUGUUUGCUCUAAAAUGCCUGAGGAUCCCACACUUUUCACCCCAGUAACGGUCGUCUCUCUUCUCGCCUGCGCCGCCCAGUUUGCCGUCGGUUUCAUUUUGGCGCAAAUCUGGGGCAAAAAAUGUUCAUCAACCGAUAGGUGGGUCCUGGUCUGGUUGUUCUACGAUGCCAUUGUCCACAUUACUCUGGAGGGUCCGUUUGUUUACAUGUCACUGGUUGGAACUGUUGCAACAUCAGAUGGUAUAUUUGCCGAAUUGUGGAAAGAAUACGGGAAGGCAGAUCAGCGCUGGCUCCAUUCAGACCCAACCAUCGUAUCAUUGGAGCUGCUGACUGUCGUCUUGGAUGGGUUCUUAGCGCUGCUUUUGGUCUACGCUAUUAUUAAAGACAAGCAUUACAGGCACUUUGUUCAAAUCAGCCUGUGUGUGUGUGAGCUUUAUGGAGGCUGGAUGACCUUCUGCCCAGACUGGCUGAUGGGAAGUCCUAACCUGAAUAUCAAGAACUGGCUCUACCUGUGGGUCUACCUGGUUUUCUUUAAUGGCGUGUGGGUUGUGGUGCCUGGACUCUUGCUCUGCCAGUCAUGGAAGGAUCUACAUAAAUCCCAUGAAUAUAUGAAGAAGAAUAAGAAGAAGUAGAUAUGCAGACUUGAUGUGUUUGUUUAGGAAGAAACAGUGAGAGGCAUUGGAACAGAGAGGAAUGGUGAGCAGAUUGAGAUACGUAAUUCCUCAUAUUGUUUGUUUGUGAUUUUGUUGGGUAAAAAUUGUCCUUAUCAAUUCUAAGUGCACCACGUAGUGAUUUCUGCCCUAAAUACUCAAUCCUAACAGCUGGUGGAUUAUUUAAUGGUUCAGUUAAUGGAUUUUAGCAGUCAUGGAUAUAUACAUAUAUUUUUGUAAAAUGGCACAGAUUUGUUGCUCAACAUUUAUUAACUGUAAUGCUUUUUAAUAAAUAGUCAUGCUUGUUUUGGUAAACAAAGAACAAAAUGUAUUACUAAGUGAAUGACCGGAUGUAUAUGAGGCACACCCAAGAACUCACAUCUACCUCAGAAACACA